AUGUCACAAGUUGAACCGGUCGUAGAGCAGGUACGGCACAUGGACGAAGGUUCUCCUCCACAAGCCGAGGUUAUCUUUGAUGUAUCAAAAUUCUGGGCUUUUCGAUCGCUAAACGUUAUUUUUGUGUUAUCAGUUAUAACAUUGUCCUUUAUAUUAUUUUUUCCGCUUCCGUAUUUGGAAAGAUCACCCGGAAGUUACGUGUUAUCUUUGGACCUAAGUUCCAAUACACACUCUAGUGAGAUCAAGUGCAUUACUACAAAGCUGUCAAAUGGAGAUAUUUCAACCUUGUUUACCAUUUAUAAUGAGGAUCAGAUUUUGGGUGAUAUCAAAUUUGGCGACGUCGUGCUUCUGCGCGAUAACAGAUCUAUAGGUCGUUUCGUAAAUGCAUAUUACAAGGAUAAGUCAGAUAAGUUACCUUACAUGGUAUCGUCUUUAGAUGUAUAUGAUAACGUAGUGAUUUUGAAGAAGUUUUUUAUUAGGGAACAAGAAGGUUCAUACUAUCAGCUCUUUGAUUCAUCCGUUUUUACAAGGUCCUUACUGGCUAGAGAACCGACUUUUGUUGAUGUAGAUUUUAAUACGUUGGUAACUUGCAAUCUUAUUAAUGUAUAUUCAACAUCAUUUGAAGAUGCACAUGGAAGGGUCGUGACCGAAUAUCACACUCAUAAUGAUGAAGUUUUUGGUCGCAUCUCGUUUGGAGAUUUUCAGAUUGAUACUGAUAAAUCAGCAGUGGAUCGUAACAUUGUAACUAUUGCCGUUCCAAAGUCGAACAUUAUGAAAAUUAUGGUCACAACGAUCCUCAAGGACAGUAUCAAACAUACACGGCACAUAUGUUAUUGCUUUCUUGAUAAUAUUCACAAGGUAUUCACUACUAUAAAGUCUGUUUUGGAUGCUAAUAAUAUGAGACUGACGGAUUUUACCAACCUCUUUGAUGUAGUCAAAUUUGAACCACUGGGAAAACCCGUGGCUGUUGACUACAAAUGGUAUUUAAAUGAAUCCACCAACGAUAUUGUGUUUUGUACUUUAAGACACCAAAAACGCAAGUACGUUAUAGCUUUUGGGCAGUUGAAUAAUACUAUUGGCGAGGUUGCAAUUUCAAAAUCAUGUUCUAUACCAGCAAAUGACUCCGCCUCCCAUAGGUUGCUCGUGCUAGAUUUUAAAGGCAAUUAUGCGAAUAUUCCCACGUACUAUGUCCACACAAAAGUUGAAUACUUUGAUGUAGUUCGGAUUAUACAGCCCAUAAAUUAG